UACAGCGUUCACGUCGAAGUCUUCGUCAGGUGUAUUGUUCUGGUGCGCCUCGUCUUACUCCGAGAUGUUGGAAUGACGCCAUGCCCCGCCUGCAUAUAAGUGAGGUCUGCAGUCCAGCUUUUUUCAUUCGUUUUAAAAUAAGCGCCAGGAUGUAAAGGGACCUAUUUAGACAUCAGUCGCACAACAGGAUCACAACUUUACUCCCCAACUUCAACGCGACUUUGUCAGUGGAGCUGUGAGGCAAUGCAGUGGUUUGGGUCGUUCUGUUAUCUGCUUUCCAUGUUCCUUCACCUGUCAGCGGGUGUUUUGGAAACUAUUGAGUCUGAUGAGAAUCAUCAACUCACUUGUGGCCAGGGCUUGACUCACUGUGUGCUGUCAGAAGGGCAAUGUGAGGAUAAUGAUCAUGUGUCUGUGACGAGUCUGGGUGCUCAUGCACUGUUGUGCCGCUCUGGAGAGGAACCUUUCCAUCCGUGCCUGAGAAUCCACAUCAAUAUUUCCAUCAGAGGUGUGGAUGACGCGUGGAGUGUAUCUGGUGACACAAACAAUGAGGAGAGUACCGAGGAAACGGAGGAAACGGGAGAGAGCGGCGAUGAGGUUUCGUCCAGUCACAGCGGAACGUGUGUCCAAGUCAGUUACCAAAGCCCAUCUUUCGGAGGUCAGAUAUCUCCCUCCUUCAUAGUGUCCAGAACAGGGCAGAGGGGCCUUCUCAUACAGACAUGGCUGUCUGUGCUGGUGAAGCUCAGAGAAUCAGAUUUUGGUGAUACUGUUGUGGUCUACACCUCAUCCACUCUGAUUCACAACUUUUCUGCACGCUUACAACUGCCAUCAUUAGAAGGUUGUUCCUUAAAUCAAGAUGUUACACGCUGUAAAGUUCCUAGUCUACAGAGUGUGAUUGACUGGAAUAUGGGUGUGGCAAAGUUGCAGUUGGAUGAUUCAGAUAAAGCGACUGGACGUCGGUUUCAGGCCUGUAAGAGACUAGACAGGGAAGGAGGGUGCAGAAAACUGGAAUGGGAUGGACAAGAGGCAUUUGAGAUUUCACUGAGCUCUGUUGCCCCCUGUCUGUGCUUCCAGGUUUGGUGGGAAAAUGGACUGCGGAAGGAGUACUGCCCAUUUAUAAAUAACAAAGAUCUCUUAAGGACUACUAACCUGUCUAUCUCGGUCAUGGAGGCACAGACUAAUGAUGGAAUGAUUGACAGUGGGCGCACUGCUCUGGUGUGGAACAUUACUGCGCCUUGCAGGUUGGAGGCUGAACUAUGGCUCUGCAUGAAAGGGGCGGAGCCUGACAGCGAUUGCCAAGAAAUUAGCAAUGAGAGACAAUUCAAAAAUGGACACUGGUAUUUGAAUGGAGAGUUCAUUGGGGUGGAACGUCAUCCAUCACUUUGUGUGCAGAUCAAAGUGAAGAGUAUGGAUGCACAUUUAGGCCCAGUGUGCCCUUUUAAAGUGCCUAGGUCUCGAUGGAGCUCGCCAGUCCUGAUAUGUUUGUUACUCGUGUGUCUCUCGGUGGUGGGAGUGUAUGUGAUUCAUGGCACACUCAAACGCUGGGCGUUUAGAUGGUUGAAUGUGGAAGACAUAAAAUCGGCAAUCGGAGGGGGGCACGUUAUACUGCUCUACCCACCUGACGCUGAUAGCAGCCUGGCUGAACUGGUGUGUCGCCUGGGCUCAGUUCUCUCUGCGCUGGGUUUCAGCGUGUCCCUGGACCUGUGGAGCCAAUCAGAGCUCAGCAUCCUAGGCCCUGUGCCCUGGCUACAUUCCCGCCUGGACCGCAUGCAGAGACAGGGCGGCAAAGUGAUCCUGGUCCUGACCCAGGCAGCCUGGGUGCGUGCUGAAGAGUGGAGCCACAGUGGUGGAGAGAAGGGCGAGAGGAGAAAUGAGGAGGAUGAAGAGAAGAAAACGGAGAGAGGCAGUUUUGCCUCGCCUUACUCUGACGUUUUCAGCGCCUCGCUCAGCUGCAUUCUGGCUGACUACCUGCAGGGCCGCGCUGGCGAGCGCUUCGUGUUGGCCCAGUUCGAGGCACAGCCGGCAGGCAGGCCCCAGGGUGACCCCCUGCCAGAGCUCUUCCGUGGGCUCCCUCUGUACAGUCUGCCCUCCCAGAGCCUCAGAUUCCUCACAGAGCUUGUUCAGGGUGCCCCCCGUCUGGGGCCCAGUGGGGCCAAGGGGCGACGGAUGCGGGCAGGAGGGCUCAGGGCAGCAUCACGGGCACUGGCAGCGGCACUGCGGGGGUUAACGGGGGCCACGGGCAUGUGUCGGUUGGCAGGACUGCCUCAGGACUGUGUGGGCCUGAGAAUGGAGGACACGUGGGAAAGCGUACCUCUUCAUCCUGAGCAAAAUACACCACCAUGCAGCCCUGAUACAGCCAGUAGAGCAGGCACCGUGGACUGGGUCUAACUGGACCCAAGGCUGUGGAGCCUGGUUCUGAGAAGCAUCUCAGCUGGACUUAUGUUGGAGGAGAGUUUGAGAGGCUCAAGAUCUGUGGUGGUGUUGGGAACUUUUUUUCAGAGUGUUAAAUGAAUAAAAUGUCUGACUGAAUCUUGAAAGGAGAAGUCCUGAACAGAUCCAGAUUAACUAAGUGAAUGUUGUUUUUCUUUCAGGCAGAAAUGGGUUCAUGCCUGAAUGACUGUGUAUCUGUGGAUGAAGUCUCACUAUGCAAAACUGAAAGCAAAAGGCAGCUCCAUUGUAAAGAAGGUCCUUAUACACUUUGUGUUUGUAAUGAGGGAAGAAAAAUCAUAUUUCUUUGUUUGUGUUUCGAUGUUGCUUUUCUUUAUGUGUCAUACAUUACAGUGUAAACUGGAGUUUGCUAAUAUUUCUCUGCUGAUUCAUCCUGCCAUUUUUUAAAAAAAAAAUUCUUGUUUGUUGUCGAAAACACUUGUAGCAUACAGUGCUGAUUUGCUGCAAUGCAAUGUCGUGCAUUCAUUCUCCCUUGGCAUGAACGAUAAAAGGUCGGAAAGUCAGGCCAUGGCAAUGACACUCCCCACACACACCACCAUUGAGAGAGAAUAAAGGUUACUUCGACUACUGAGGUUAAUAUUUCUUGGAUGUAUCAGGUUACAUCACUUCUCCUCUCCCAGUUUAGACCUUGUGUGUGUAUUGGUGUGUAUCAGUUCUUUGUUUCUGCACAAUAUACCAUGGUGACAGGAGCUCUACCCUCUUAAAAAGGUAUCAGACAGAAAGGAAACGAAGCCUUUCAUGACGGGUUUUUUUUCCUUCUUACUCUGUUGUGUGUUGUGAGGGUCUGGUACAGUCUCUAUUCCACUGCACACACGGCACCUUGCUCUCUGUGAACAGGUCUGUGCUGUCCUUUUCGGUUAGUUACUUUUGUCUGGUGAAAAUCUGGAAUGUCUGUUCCUGAGAGGUAGUAAAAAUCAGGUCUUAUACAGUCCUAGGGACUCCAAACUGUGGAGAUGUACUGUGUAAUAUCUUGUCAUGUAAAUAGGUGUGGAGAUGUACUGUGUAAUAUCUUGUCAUGUAAAUAGGUGUGGAGAUGGACUGUGUAAUAUAUUGUCAUGUAAAUAGGUGUGGUUUGAUGACCAACACUGUUUGGACGUGAGCACACAACUUUGUUUCUCUACUGUUCACACCUGCCCAUACUAUGUAAAUGUCCAGCCAUGUAAUGUGUUUGUAUUUGUACAUAUUCUGUCAGCUGAAUUAAAAUUGUGUGUGUGUGUGUG